AGAAAGAAUAUUAGUGUCGGAGACUUCUACCCUCCCACUAUAUGAAGUUUAGGUCACAACUGCUUCCCACUCAGUCACAUAUACACUUACACACUCGCAUACGCUAGUCCCAGCGGUCAUGGCAGCAAGUAGUUUUAACCAGGAAUACAAGAAAAAUCCAAUCCGAAUGGAGAGUGGUCAGCUCCGUUUAGAAGCCUCGCACAACCGAACUGACGGAGGCAAGCCCAUCGUCUUCUGCGCGCUCAUCAUAAUGGGACUUUUUCAAGUCGUAUCCAAUCUUGGAAUACUUUUUUACUGCAAGUCUCAGGUCGAACAGCUGGCAUCCAACCUUGCACCUCAGGAUAACAAAAGUCACUGCCUGAGCAUUAUGUCUUGUCAAAAAGAAUCAUUCCCAAAGAAAGAAGAAAUCAAGUCUGAAAAUUAUAUUGCACGUGCUCGAACUUAUACCAAAAAACCACCACAAAGGCCAAAAUGUGAAUGCAAAAACAAAGUGGAGAUACCUUCUGCCCACCUGCCAAUCCUAAUCGAGAAAAAUUCUACAAAAGUUGAUGAUGAGACAAUGACUCGGCUGCAUUGGAUGAGUAAGUUUGGCGUAGCACACAUACAUAACUUGACGUAUGUGGAUGGAAAAAUAAAAGUCAUCCAAAAGGGAUUAUACUACGUGUAUGCAAAGACAUGCUUCAGGCACAACCUUCAGGUUUCUGAUGAAUUGGAGAAAAUAGACGAUGGGAUAGUGCUCCUACAGAAUAUUCACCACUUCAAGUACGCACGGCAAAUGAAAACUUUAAUCAUGAAAAGUGGCAGUGUUAAGCACUGGAAUAAAGAAAUACAUUUUCGUUUUUUCUGCAUCCAGCAAGGAGGGCUCUUCCACUUACACCAACAUGAUGAACUGUUUGUGGAAGUUAAUUAUGCUUCAUUACUGGAUAAAGCCCCAGAGGCCAGUUAUUUUGGAGCAUUUAAACUUAGGGAUUUAGAGUAAGUUAUAUAGAAGAGAACAUUUGGUGUAAGAAAUUUUGCCUUGAUGAAAUGAACAUUUUCAAAGUGAUCAUUGCUCACAAUAAAAUGCUGUGUAUUUGAUUUUUUAUUACAUUUUUAUUACAUUGUAUUGGUUGCAAUUUUUACAAAAGAUGUUUCGUGUUUUUUAAUGUGUUAUUUUAGGUUUAUAUAUUUGAUAAAUCAAACAAUAAUUAUUGUUUAUUAUCGUAAUUGUGUGAAUUUUUAAAAAAUGGAGGCUCAUUUGGAGUUUCCAGAUUUGUUAACGCAGCUAAAAGUCUAUAAGCCAGAUCUUCAAAAUGGGUUCAUUAUUAGCACAUUAGGAGCUCUUGUAGAAUCAGUCCUAUUAAUUGAUAAGUCAGGAAUUGUUCCUCGAAGAGUCUUUAAAAUAGACUGCUUCUUUAAUUACUCUUUUGUUACAUGAAUAACCAAAGAAAACAACGUGGCUUACAUGUGUGAUCUGACCAAUACAGCUUCUUCCAGAGUUGACACUGUACUAGCCAUUUUCUAAAGCUUUUCGGCUAGUCUAGGUUAAAGCAUUAACCUUCUUUUCCACCUUUCUAACAUUUUGUUCUCAAAGUUACACACAUUCUGGAAAUUUAGAGUUAUUUUUCCCCACCUUUUUCUUUUUUAGGUUUAUUUAUUUAUUUAUUGUUAUUUGUAUUUGAUCUUUUUCUAAGCUAAUAUAAUAUAUGAGCUCUUCCAUCAUUUUUCCCUUAGUCCUGAUCACUACCUCUUUCUUUGGCUUAAUUACCAGUUCUUUCUGUUUGUGGAUCUUAAGUUUUAAUUUUUUAGUUUUCCAGAACCAACAUACACCCCCAACCACCAUCACACUUCAUAAUUCUUCUGACAACUCAUCUCUAGCAUCUGCUCAGCACAUUAUAAUCUAUCCAUCAGCUAUUCUCCUAUAGAUAACAAAAGUCCUAUGUACACUGUUUGGGGUGCCAUAAUUUUGCUGUGCUCUCCAUAGUACAAUAAUAAUUCAUUCAUCAUGCAGUGUGAAAUGUUUCUGAAAUGGUGUUUAUGUGAUUUGUAAGGCUCUUUGAAUAUAAAACUGAUACUGAAUGCAUGUCAAUGCUUAUUUUAGCCUCGCACUUUGUAAGGCACUUUACAAAAUAAAAUGCAAGCACAGUGACAUACAAUCUCCAAAUGUCCCUUAAAAUGGUUUUCUAAUUUCUGACAAAUACAAUACAUAGCUGGGUAUAUUUUUACAAUUAAGUCCCAUUUAAAUCACCAAGCAUACUAUUUUUUCUACAUUUCUUAAAAAUGAACAGUGAACAAUUAACUAUAUCUAAACAUACAAAUAACAGGGCAUGUUACAAUUAGUAAGAAAGUCCAGUUAAUCUCAUUACACUUUUUCUUUAAUUGUGUAGGUGUUAAACUAUAUUCUACUUCUAUAUUGCUGGUCCUCAUCUUAAGAUUUUUCUUUUUUGCAAAAACAGAAAUAUAACGAUGGCAAGGGUAUUGCCUUUUUAUGGUAGUUUUUUUUUUUUCUUUUACAGAUAGAAUAAUGUACUUGAUAAAUAUCUAGAUGAAGCACUGAUUUACCUCUGAAGUGGAUUUGCAGCUGGUUACUGCUUUCCAAUUCAGGAAGUUUAACAUGCAAAUAGAUGGUUUUUGUCUUAUUUUUAAUGUGUAUCUUGUAACUUGCAAAGAAAAAGAACCAAAUAUAGUGCAUCAGGAAAAAUUAAAAAAACAAGUAUUUUCUGCAUUUUCCAUCUAUUGAUAAAUAGACUGCUUUUUAUAAGAACUUGAUAAAGAGCAGAUUUUUGUCUCGUAAUGUAAAAUUACAAUUAAAUAUGGAUUCUAAUAGUCUUUGCUUAAGUUUCAAAUAUGAUACAAACUGCCUUAAAGUAAUCUUAAAUAAUUAUAUAAAAUUAUUAAAAACAAAGCAAAUGUAUGCAAUUUGUUUAUAGCAUUUUUUACAAUGGUGCAGUAGUUAGUGGUGCUGUCUCACAGCUUCCAACAACCCUCUGUGGAGUUUACACCUUCCUCCCAUGUCUUGUGUGGAAUUUUCCUCAGGCACUCUGGUUCAACACCCAUAUUCAAACACACACGUUAGGUUAACUGACAACUUAAAAUAAGUAAUGCUUGUGUGCUUGAAUGCCCUGCAAUGAACAGAUGUGCCUUCCAGUCUUGGGUCUUGCCAAGUGCUGCAAGAAUAGGUUUGAGCUCCCCACAGCCCUCUGCUUGAAUGAGUGGGUUCAAUAGAUGAAUAUUUACAGCUUUUCUAAGGAUGAAAGAAAAUGUAUGUACAAAGUGUGAGAUACUCUAACAUACACAUAUGUUUAUUUGGGUACAUGGUUAUGCAAGUGCAUAAUUAAUUAUGUUAUUGAUAUUCAUAUAGUCAAAAUAUUUAUAUUUCUGGUAAAGGGCACUUUCAAAGAUAAAGGAAAAUAUAUCCAUGUUAAAAAUGGAUUUAGGAUUAACUAUCUCUCUUUAUGAUAACUGAGUAAAAGCCAUUCUGAGAAAUGACUGUAUUUAUACAUGUGUGCCCUUUACCAAAUUUAAAUAUGCAGCUGGAAAUUGAAAAGCUGAGAAAUAUAGGCAGUAAAAAUGAUAUAUGGUGGAGUUUACUUUACAUCAAAAUAUGUGUGGCUAGUUCAUCUUGCUGCUAAAUUCACCUCCUAUCUUUAGAAUAUCCUGAUCUGGUGUCAUGUCUGCUAUGAGAAACCAAAACGUCUAAGCUUUCUUAGUUAAUGUUUUAUAUGAUCGACACAAUUGGAAAGUCAGACAGUCAUCAUCUACCGUCAUCAUGGUUAAAUGCUGAAAACAUGUUUUAAAAAUUGUAAAUACCCUGUUCAAAUCAAAUGUAAUUUAUAUGGAGGAUAUAAUUGCAAUGCUCUUUCUACUGCGUUUUAUACUUGCACUGAUUUGAUUGACAAUGUAAAUUACAAAAAUGCUUUUCCAGUUUUUGUACUGUAAACUGGAAUGGCAUGACCUUGAAAUUCUUUUGACUGUCUGGCGCAGUAUUUUUAGCGAAGGCCUGGUACUGAUCAUCGUUUCCUCCUUAGAAUUUUUACAAAAUGGUUUGAUUGUCUUUCAUAACUGCAGCUUAUUAAAGAUUGUUUUGUAAUUUAUUUAUUAUAAGGUAUUACAAAGAUUGAUAAAAGUAUAAAAAUAUGAAUUAAUUAAUAACAGCUGAACUUAAGUGUGUGGCUUGUUAAGAGAAACAAAUACUGCAGCUGAUGAAGUUGAGUGACUUCCAUAGAGUAAGAAAACUUUCUGGCUGCUUGAAUUUCAUGCUUCUGCCAUUAUGUUGACUGUUAUGUUAUUUUGCCUUUUAAAAUUGUUAUUUAUUUUUUGCAAUUAAAUGAAAUUGAAUAAA